CUCUGCAGUAGAUUGCAACUCCACCCCCUUUGGCAGUUCUGUCUUGGGGGAAAAUGUAUACACACAGAGGCGUUUUCUGACCGAUUUUUACCACUCAGAAUCCAGAAUGGAUAUGACAAUGUGGCAGCACAGGAUGUAAUACACCCUUACAACAAUCUACUUUUUGAUCUUGACUUCUUAUCUGGUAAACUGCUACUGUGUGUCAAGAAAAGAGCCCCAAUUAGGGGUUAGUGUACUCCGGUAUAUAAAGGACUGGUUUAGAUUAAAAGCUAUUGCCCUCUGCCCCCGUUCAUAGGGGCAUGAGAGACUCGUCACUGGUAGAAUUUAGUUGCCACUUUAUUGGCCCAAACACCCACAGACCCACAAGGUUGAGGUUACUCAUGGACAGUAAUUAGUAAAAAAAUAAAUGUUGCAUUGUGUCUUCUAACUGUCCAAGAAUAGGAUCUAAAGUGUUUGGAAAUAUUUGUUCCCAUAAAUCCAAAGGAGGAUGUCUCUCCUCAUACCUCUGGCUCUGUGGUGCACCGUCUGACUAAAGUGCCAAUCAGGAGAGAAUAUACAUACAGGUCAAUGGUGCCAAUUUAAAGUCCAGGGGUGUGUCUGUGCCUUUUGGAUUACUCUCUCUUUACAGAGAACCACUGUGGAUCAAGUCAAGAGCUACCCUUCCCCUUUCAGUCUGGUCUGCGCAUGUCUGAAAGUGACACAACCAGCAGCCAAGAGUUUUUCACACUCUCCCUGAGCCGUUCAACCUGUCAUUGACGUGGGAGUCUGAAUUCCGUAUAAAGCUGUCGUGGAACGCACCAAAGGAUUUAGAUGCAUCAUGCAAGGUGAACUACAUGAUCACUACAACGAUCGGAGAGAGGAGACCCAAAGUAGAGACAACUUUCAAGUUGUAUAAAGAGUAUAGACUCUCUACGGAAGAUGCAGUGAAUUACACAGUGCAAACAAACCCCAAACACUGUAUAGGUAGAACCAUAAGCAAACCUGUCAGCAAAUCCAUCACUAAACCCACAGAGUUGGUGAAGAACUUCCAGUGUUCCCUCUACUCCUCUAAGGCCAUGAACUGCAGCUGGCUCCCAGCCAAUCAGGCCUCAGACCUCCAGCUCUACUAUGGGUACCUUGGUCCCUCCCACAUAGCAGCAUGCAGUGAGUACCAGUACAGAGAUGGUCAGAGGACAGGAUGUCACCUGAGAGGAUCCUUCCUUCAAUAUGACGUCUACUUCAAGGUCAAUGGGACUCUCGAUGGCUUAUCUGUACAGAAUAACUUCCUGGUGCUUCCUAGAUAUCAUGUCAAGCCCCCGGCCCCUAAGGUGAAGAUCACAGAGGAAGGUAGGAAUCUCAUCCUGAGCUGGGACCCUCCGGACAUAGGCGCUGUCCACUGCUGGAAUUUCAUCUUAAAAUACAACAAGUGUCAAGAGUCUCUGGGUAAGGAAAUACAAUUGGAACAUGUACCAGGGAAGGUUUCAUAUGACCAGAGAUGCCAGUACAGAGUCAAGCUUAAAGCAGUCUAUACGAAAUGGUGUGGGGAGGGAGGCAGCGACUGGAGCGAAGAGGAAAUCUAUGGCACAGAAAUACGUUUUUCCCCCAAGAUUCCCCCGAGGACCCUAACUGCACUGCUUAAUAAGAGUGUCCGGAGUGGGAGCUCCGCAAUCGAUCAUAGAUCAGCACUCCAACUCUGAAACCACUCAUGACUGCAAUUCUUCCUCUCUCUAUACCUCUCUCUUUCCUUUCUUCUGUGCUGCUCAAGCAGCUCUGGAUUUCUGUGCUUCUCCACCCUAGCUUUUGAUGCAGCCUUUCUUUUCUUAUCUGCCAAGACGUUUAUCUGCCAAGAUAACAAGAAGUUUAAAUUAAUCAGAUUGUUCUAGAUUAUUGCACAUCCACUAAAGGGGCAUUGCACUCAAAAAAUGUAAAGUUUGGCACAUGUUUGCACACCUCAAAAGUAGCCUUAUGUCUCAAAAGUAGACUUAAAGGGAUAGAUCACCGAAAUUACAAACGUACAUUGGAUUCCUUACCCUGUAAGCAGUCAAUGGACAAGGCAAGACAGCAAUCCAUGCUUUGGUUUAUAGCACAAAACCACUGCAAGUGGAUAUCCCUGAUUUUUUUUAUAAGCAUUUUCACAUUCCAUGUCCAAAUCAUCCAGUGCCAAAAAUUGAUUGUCUAGCUCAAUACAGUUAGUUUAAGAUGAUUUGGACAUGAAAUGUGAAAUAUGCUAAUAUCACAGAUAUUCAGUUAAAUUGGUUUUGUGCUAUCAAUGUUAAAAAGAUGGAGACCGUGACCAGGUAAACAAAACCCAAGCAAGGAUUGAUGUGUUCUCUUGUUAAUAGACUGCUUACAGGGUAAGGAAGCAAGCAGAAUACUACCCUGUACCCCACUGCUGGCUUGCCUCGGAAGCUAAGCAGGGCAGAUACUGUUGGAAGUGGUGUCGGAGGGCCAGUAGGAUACACUCUUUCCUCUUGUCUAAAAAAAAAUAUAUCCCAAUGCCCUGGGGCAGUGAUUGGGGACAUUGCUUUGUGUAGGGUGCUGUCUUUCAGAUGGGAUGUUAAAUGACUCUCUGUGAUCACUAACGAUCCCAUGGCACUUAUCUUAAGAGUAAGGGUAUUAACCCUGGUGUUCUGACUAAAUUCCCAAUCUGGCGACCUAAUCAUCCCCAGCUUCCAAUUGGCUCAUUCAUCACCCCUCUCCCCUGUAAUUAUUCCCCAGGUCAUUGCUAUAAAUGAGAAUGACUUCAGUCAAUUUAACUGGUAAAAUAAGGGUUAAAUAAAAUGAACACAAAUUACAUAUUGGUUUAUUUAACUAUCCAUUUAAAUCCACAUCCCAGGCCAUUUAUUGUGUAGACACACCUAUAUGCAAAAAACCCCAAAUGAAUGAAAAAGAUAAGCACCAAAUAAGACCUGGAAAUUAUAUGGUGUUGAUCUUUUCCUGUUGACGUUGAGACAUACAGCUGGCUUGGGGUUUGUAUUCAUUUUGUGAAAAGGAGAAAAUAAAAAAAAUGUAUAAUUAUAAGAAAGUCUGGGUU